CUCUCUCUUCCCAUCUCAUCUCAUCUCAUCGCAUAUCACUUGUCACAAACAAACCACCUCCAUCUCUCUCUCUAUACAAAGUCAACAACAAAUCCCAAUCCAUCGCCUCCUCCUCCGCCACAACCCAUCCCAUCUAUAAACAGUGUCACCCCCUCAAAAAAAAGCCUCCCAAAAACCACUGCCACCCGUUCGGGCAACGCCUCCUCACCUUACUCCAACUCUGUCUCCCUCUACCAUCUCUCUCCGACCAAUUCAUCGCCAUAGAUCCCCCCCGCUCUGCCUCCGUCUUACCCCUUCUGCGCCUAGUUCUCAUUUUGUCGCCUCUCGCCAUCCAUCCAUCAAAAUGACUCGUUCUCACAAGUACAACGACCGUGACCACAAGGGUCUUGCCGACGGCAGUGUCUCUCCGACAGAAAACCUGCCUCGCUUCUUUGCCAAGAGUGGCUACGUUGACACUGACCCCAAGAAGGUCAAGAAGGACGGUAAUGGUAAAGGCAACUGGGGAAGUGCCGGCGAAGAAGCUAUGGAUGAGGGUUUCCGCUUCACCAACGCCCGCCGCCGCUCCAACAGCUUUUCCCACCAGCAUCUCUCCGACUUCAAGACCAAGUUCGAGGUGAAUGAGCCCGAUCCUCUCUUCGAGGAGCACAUCCACGGACCUGUUGAUGAGGAGAACGGCGAUGACCUCUCCAAGACGGACUCCGCGGAGAGUGUCCACUCCGUCUAGACGAGACAAGUUGUCUCGCAUGCCCAGAGAGCGUUUCUAUUAGUCAUACCCACCCUGGAAAUGUCAUGGAUGCCUCCCACGAUCAUGAUGAUUCAUAUUUACUUUAGCUUUUUUUAUUCUUCUCUUUUUUUCUUUUAAUCGGGAAGGAAUGGAACAGUGGGAUAUGACAGCCACGGAACUGGACAUGACGGCACUCAUCUG